CCUCCCUCAACAUGCGUGCUUCCCGCUUCGUGAUCCCAUCCACACAACCUGUCCGUUUUAGAAGACAGUUCAGACCAGCUUGGAUACCUUCACUUGGGACUGGUUAUGAUAGUUGUUGUGUAUAUUCCACCACCACUUCUUCCUCCAUUUCUUCUGAUUCUGGCUCUGAAUCGGGCCCUAGCUCUGGUUUUAGCUCCCGCCGCUUCCGUCGUCGUUAUCUCUACCCUCUCGCAUUUCUCCCGGCCGGUUUUCUUCUUGUUCCCACGCUCUCAGCUGAGACCGAACCAUUUCCUGGUGCUGGCUCCUCUUCCCUUCAAAUCGCAUCUACAGCCCAGCUUCUUCGAACAUGGCUAGUUUACUCGCUCAUUUCCUUCCCAGGCGUCGUCGACUACUCUCCAAAGAUAUUAUCCAUCCUUAUUAAUUCUCCUUUGCGCCUGCCCACAGAAUGGUUCGUCCGGAACACUUUCUUCGAGCAAUUUGUUCCAGGUGAGACUGUGGAAGACUGCAUUUCGUCUUUGAAAGCCCUGCGCACUAGGGGGAUAGGGGCAAUGUUAAACUACUCUGCUGAAGUUGAUGAAUCUCGGUUACAAGACGAUAAUACUUAUGGAAAGGAGGCAAGGCGCCAGAGAGAAAGGAAGCACAGGCUAGAGCAAGUCAUGAUGGCAUUGGAAAAGAGUGGAGAAUAUGAAAGAAGUCUGCCUGUCGAACAAAGAGGUGCCACCGGCUUCGCUCUCAAGGUUACCGGUAUCGUUGACCCCAAUGUCCUUGAGCGGGCCUCUUACACUUUGCUUCGUCUACGAUCCCUGGCCGAAUCCAGCUCCACUAACGCCCCAAACACCCCUCUUUUUGUACCUUACCCAUGUACCCCCGAAUCUCUCGACUGUCAAGUCCUUGCUCGUACACAAGACCUCAAUUUCGGCGAUCCAAGAGAACUGUUCGCUUUGAAGGAUAAAUGGGAUGAUAUCGGAGUAUUGGAGACUGAUCCAGGGUUGAAAGAAGAUGAUCUAGAAGUACUUAGCGACCUUUGGUACAAUUUAAGGAAGAUUGGGGAAAAAGCUAAAGAGAACGACGUUGUGCUCAUCAUUGAUGCCGAGCACACAUGGUACCAGCCAGCCUUGGAUGGCUACACUCUCCUCUUGUCUGAAGUAUUCAAUAAGCCUCCAAAGUCAAAGAGUGAGAAGUGGAAUGGCCCUCUUAUCUACGGGACCUACCAGUCAUACCUACGUCGUCAACCAACCCACCUCAUGCACGCAAUCCAACAUGCAGAGGCCAACGGUUUACGCUCUCGGUCUCAAACUCGUCCGUGGUGCCUAUCACCUCCAAGAACGCAAGAAAUGGCUUGAUGAAGAUCGCCUGGGUGCGGACCCCAUCUGGCCCAACAAGCCUGUCACCGAUGUCUCUUACGACGGUUCCAUCUCCACCAUCCUCACCACCCUCUCUGAUCAACUCAAAUCUUUUCACCCCGAACGAGCGCUAAGCGUCAUUUUCGGUACUCACAACCCCGAAUCUUGUGAUAUCAUCUGUGAGAAUCUGCUUAAAAACGGCUUGGCUGAAAAGGGAUCCAGUGGGUUGAUGAGAUUGAAGAAGGACGUGAGAGGUAGAGUCAGGAUAGCGCAGCUGUACGGCAUGAAGGACGACCUUACAGAUCGCAACGCUGCUAGAUUCGUUAACGACGGUCAGCCCGUCGCUUUCAAGUACAUCGCCUAUGGCAAGCUCGAGGAAGUCAUGCCUUUCCUCGGUAGGAGGGCAUUUGAAAACAAGAGCUUGAUGAGCGGAGAGCAAGGCGCCGCUGGUGAAAGGAAAAGGGUUACUCAGGAGUUGUGGAGAAGGUAUUUAGGGCGAUCUUCUUCUAUCGUCCCCGCUUGCGCAGCUUAAGUUGGACCAAGAAUACUUUGGUCAUAUUAUCUCUUGGUUGUCUUCAGGUGUUGAAGUAUAAACGUAUGAAAG